AUGCAAAACUACCAGGAUGCAAUGGCUAUUUGUAGAUGGGCUGGGUUUCCAGAUUUGUUCAUAACUUUUACAGUUAAUCCAAAAUGGCCUGAAAUGACUAGAUUUUUGGAAGCUCGUCAACUUCGCAUAGAAGAUCGUCCUGACAUUGUCACACGUAUAUUUAAAAUGAAGAUAGACUUGCUUAUCAAAGAUAUUAGAAAAGAGGAAAUUUUCGGAAGUGUUAAAGCAGUUCUAUAUACAAUUGAAUUUCAAAAGCAAGGUCUUCCCCAUGCUCAUAUUUUGGUUUUCCUUGCAAAUAAAGAUAAGUUAUCUACUGCUAAAGAUAUUGACAACAUCAUUUCAGCAGAAAUCCCUGAUAAAGAAGCACAACCUGAGUUACAUGAUGUAGUGGUGAAUUACAUGUUACAUGGGCCAUGUGGAAUAGCUAAUCCUCAUUCUCCAUGUAUGGACAAAGGAAUAUGUACUAAGCAAUUCCCAAAAAACUUUAACUCUACAACAGUGAUCCAUGAAGAUGGAUAUCCAAGGUAUAAAAGGAAAGAUAAUGGUGUACAUGUCAUGAAGAAUGGGAUCCCAUUGGAUAACAGAUAUGUUAUCCCCUAUAACAUAACUCUUUUAUUAAAAUAUGGAGCUCACAUUAAUGUUGAAAGAUGUAAUCAAGGAGACUCCAUUAAGUAUCUUUUUAAAUAUGUUAAUAAAGGUUAUGAUCGAGUUACUGCUGCAUUCUAUACUCAAGCAGAUGAUGUAAGUGAGGGUUUGGUUCAUGAUGAGAUCAAAAUGUUUUUUGAUUGUCGAUAUGUUUCGUCAUGUGAAUCAGUUUGGAGGAUCUUAGGGUUCGAUAUUAAUUAUAGAAAUCCCUUUGUUGAAAGACUAUCAUUUCACUUGCCUAAUCAUCAAAUGGUGGUAUUUGAGGAGAAUGAAGAUCUACAAGAUGUUAUGUCUAGAAAUAAUGGGAAACCGACUAUGUUUGAAGCUUGGUUCAUUGCUAAUGCUAAAUAUGAAAAUGCCAAAGGUUUAACUUACUCAGAGUUCCCUAUGAAAUUUACAUAUCACAAAGAUACUUGUGAAUGGACACCAAGAAAAAAAGGAUUUUCCAUCGAAAGGAUGUAUUACACACCACCAGGCAGUGGUGAGUCAUACUACUUGCGCAUGCUUCUUGCAACCAUUAAAGGCCCAACCUCUUACAAAUCCCUUCGUACAGUGAAUGGUGUCUACCAUAAUUCAUUCAGAGAUGCAUGUUAUGCUUUAGGAUUGUUAGAUGAUGAUAAAGAGUAUACUGAUGCGAUACUUGAAGCAGCUUAA